AUGAAAAGUAAAUUUAAUAUUCUUCAGGAUUUGGAACCAGAAGAAGAAGAUGAAGCAAUGGAAGGAGGAAGCAAUAUAUCAAAUAAUUUGUUAAAUAUAGAAGAAAUUGAACAGUUGGUAGAACAACAUUUAAGAAGUGAUGAUUGUCACACUGCUGCUUUUUGGGCAGAAAAGUUGUUGGCAAUAAGUAGAAGACAAGGUGAUCGCUCUUUAAGUGAACGACUACCACAGAUUGCCAAUUAUUUAAUUGUUUUAACAGCAGCAAGAGCAUGGCAAACAAUUGUUACUCUAGUCGAACGUCAUGACCUCUUUUCGAAACAUUUGGUUUUUGCAUUUUUCAAUGUAAAUGCUUUGUUCAAUAAAGAAAUGUUUUCUGAAAUAAUUGCUCUUCCUAUUGGACAUUUGUGUCAUUGGGAGGGAGUCCCUUUUAUAACCCACGAUACAGCAACAUAUAUAUUCGCUCACAAUGAUAUAUCACGAAAUCCUGAGAUUUGUGCAAAACUUGAUGAUCUGGUCAAAACACAUAAAUAUGAUGCCCGCCUUUUGUUUUUACUUGCUAAAACUUAUUUAAUGGUUCAAAACCGUCCGGCAGCUUCAAGCUGUUUAAGGCAUUGCCUUUUGGCUAAUCCAUACUGCAGCGAAGCUCUUCAUCUGGCCAUUGAUUCACGCCUUUUGAAAGCUUGCGAACUUCAAGAAAUUGUAGGCUCUUCUUCUGCAGCGGUUAAUUCGUCUGGGAGUAAAAUUAUUUGUCAUUUGCUGGAAAUUUAUGAUAUUAACAGAGAAACGAGUUCAUUCUCUGCCAAUUCUUUACGUCUUGGUUCAUUACUCUCCGAUGAUCUCUCUUUCCAAUCAGCAAAUUCUUUUCGCCUUUACAGUCAGGGAAAUGUUCGUGAGGCUUACAACAUAACUUCUACAAUUAUGCAUGAAUUUGGUUAUUAUAGCAAAUGUUUUCUCGUUCAUAUUGGCUGUUUGGUCCAUUUAAGCAAAACUAGUGAACUUUACCAACUUGGACAUUCAAUGGUUAAACUACAACCUGAACGAGAAAUUACUUGGUACACUGUUGGUUGUUAUUAUUAUGCAACAGGACAAUAUACAACUGCGAAGAAAUUUUUGAACAAAUGCACAACAAUGAAUUCCGGUUUUGGAGAGGGAUGGAUAGCCUACGGACACACUUUGUUUUAUAUUGACGAGCAUGAACAGGCUAUGAAUUACUAUCUUCGUGCUUCACGAAUUCUUGAAGGACAUUUUGAACCACUUUUAUAUAUUGCUGUAGAAUAUUGUUUUGGAAACAAUUUUAAAUUGGCCAACGAUUUUUUACAUGAUGCUGAAAUGGUUGCUGGUUCAAAUGCUAUUGUUUUACAUGAACAGGGUACAGCAGCAUUUGUGGAACACAAUUUUAAAAAAGCUGAACAAAUUUUUAUGGAAGCAUUGAGACUAAUAACAAAUAAAAAUAAUGUUGAUUCUUUACAAGAUUUAUUGGAUUCUGAAAUCAGCGAUUUUUGGGAGCCUCUAUUUAACAAUCUUGGACAUACUUUGCGAAAGUUGGGAAAAUAUUCUCAAGCUAUUUCUGUUCACAGAAAAUCACUUGUUCUUGGAACUUCCAAAGUCGAUGCUUGGGCUUGUAUUGGCAUCUGUUAUGCCUCAAUGGUUUCAAAAUUGAAUGAAACUGGCGGCGCUACUCCCUCAUAUAUUUUAAGCACCAGCUUUUCCAAAUAUAUUGACAACAGUAUUGAAGCAUUAAAUAAAGCAUUAGCAUUAAAACCUGGCGAUGAUUUAUUAAAGACAGCACUAGAAAAAGUUAUGCAAUUUGCAGCAGAUCAAACACUUCAAGAGCCUUUCUUUUUGGACACUAGAGAUGAAAAUUUGGACACAAUGUUUGAAUCUAGUAUAUUAAAACAACAACAACAAAGUGGUUGUCAUAAACGUACAAGAAGAUUGCCUGCAAAAGGAUUAGACAAAUUAGAUCCAAAUACAACAUGUAGUAAUAGAAUGAUGGAAGAUGAUGAAGAUGAUUGUAAUGACAAUGCAAAGAUUAUUGGUUUACCUAAAGGAACUAGACGGCGCCCUAUCAUCUCUUGGGUGUGUGGUCCUGGUAAAUAUCCACAAGGUGUGGCGAUCCAGAUAUCCUUUAAGGCCUGGGGGUUAUUCCAAUAUCCGCCAUUUGCCAUAAAUGACAUGCCAUCUUGCCAUUUUUGA